UAUCCUUUGACUUGUUAUCUCUACACAUUCAAUCUCACCACUUCAUCUCUCCGUAUCUGGAAACUAUCAUGACGUCUACAAAUCGAGAAAAGUCAUCCUUCUCCAUUCAACCAGCCACGACUGCAAAAGACCUUCUCGAAAUCACAAAUCUCUUUACGGCUUACGCGGAAUCUCUGAACAUCGAUCUGUCUUUUCAAGAUUUCACUACCGAAAUGUCAAAUCUUCCUGGAAAAUACUCGCCACCAAAUGGAAUCCUCUUACUCGCCCGAAACGCAGAGGAUGGAGCAAUCGGUUGUGUUGGUCUUCGACCUCUGGACGACAAGGGGGUAUGCGAGAUGAAGCGAUUGUACGUGACUCCCGAAGGUCGUGGCACAGGACUUGGGAAAGCGUUGGUGAAGGAGGUUAUUCAGAGGGCGAAGGGAAUGGGACACCAAGUUAUGCGACUCGAUACAUUAGCGAGUAUGAGUGCUGCGAAAGCAUUGUAUAUGCGAUUGGGGUUUGUGGGGAGAGAGGCUUAUUAUGAUACUCCGAUCGAGGGCACUGUAUUCUUUGAGUUGGAUUUGAAGUCUGUUUAACUCUUUACAGAUGUAUGGCAAGUAAACAUCAUGGAUUCAAUCGUCUCUUCA